AUGCAAAUAAGAAGCAUAUCGAUAAAAUUAUUGAUAUUGAUCAAAAACAUAGAGAGAAUGGCAAAAGGAAAAGAAGUAACAGCAGAUAAAAGUAGACCAGAAAAAGUGACAGACUCGCCUGGUACUUUGAUAAAGACUAACGGCAGCAACCCAGGUGGCAGUCGUGAAGUUCCACGCCCACGUGAAACGGAACGGCCUCAGCCUACUGAAGCCGAAGCAGCAAACUGCUAA